AUGUUGUCUAGACUUCACUUAACUUCAAAACGUUCACUUAGUUUUACAAAACCAGCAUCUAUUGAAACUGUAAAACUUUGGAUUGAUGGCAAAGCUGUUGAAUCAAAAACAUCAAAAUUUGUUGAUUUAACAAAUCCUGCUACAAAUGAAGUAAUUUCAAAAGUACCACUUUCAACACAAGAUGAAAUGCUUACAGCAGUUGAAUCUUGUAAAAAAGCAUACUCCACAUGGAAAAAUACAUCAGUUUUAUCACGUCAACAAGUUUUCUUUAAUUUACAAGCUUUGAUCAAAAGAGAUAUGAAAAAAUUGGCUGCAAAUAUUACACUUGAACAAGGUAAAACACUUCCUGAUGCUGAGGGUGACGUUUCACGUGGUCUUCAAGUUGUUGAGCAUGCCUGUGCAACAGGUUCUUUACAAAUGGGUGAAACUAUGUCUAAUAUCUCUAAAGAUAUGGAUACAUUUUCAAUAAGAACACCACUUGGUGUAACAGCUGGAAUAUGCCCAUUCAAUUUUCCAGCCAUGAUACCAUUGUGGAUGUUUCCACUUGCAACUGUUACAGGAAAUACAAUGAUUUUAAAACCAUCAGAACAAGAUCCUGGCUGUACAAUGAUGUUAGUUGAACUUGCCAAAGAAGCUGGUCUUCCAGAUGGUGUUGUUAAUGUAAUUCAUGGUACUCAUGAUUCAGUUAAUUUUAUUUGUGAUAAUCCUGAUAUUAAAGCAAUAUCAUUUGUUGGAUCAGAUCAAGCUGGUACACAUAUAUAUCAAAGAGGUUGUAAGAACGGUAAACGGGUACAAUCAAAUAUGGGAGCAAAAAAUCAUGCUGUUGUUAUGCCUGAUGCUAACAAAGAAACUACCAUAAAUCAAUUGACAGCUGCUGCUUUUGGUGCUGCAGGACAAAGGUGUAUGGCUUUGUCAACAGCUAUAAUGGUUGGUAGUACUAAAGAAUGGAUAAAUAUUGUUGCUGAAAAAGCUAGAAAUCUUAAAGUUGGUCCUGGUCAUGAAAAUAAUGUUGAUGUUGGACCAUUAAUAUCUCCAGCUGCCAAAGAAAGAGCUAUAAGAAUUAUUGAAUCAGCAAAAAAAGAAGGUGCUAAUGUUAUUCUUGAUGGUUCAAAAUGUGUUGUUAAUGGUUAUGAGAAAGGUAACUUCCUUGGACCAACAAUAAUAACAGGAGUUAAAAAACAUAUGACAUGUUAUAAAGAAGAGAUUUUUGCUCCAGUACUUGUUGUUAUGGAAGCUAACUCUUUAGAUGAAGCAAUUGAUAUUAUUAACACAAAUCAAUACGGUAAUGGAACAGCUAUAUUUACAACAAAUGGUAUUACUGCAAGAAGAUUUACCAAUUUAGUUGAAGCAGGACAAAUUGGAAUAAAUGUUCCUAUUCCUGUUCCACUUCCACAAUUUUCAUUCACCGGAAAUAAAGGUUCUUUCUUAGGAGAUGCCAAUUUUUAUGGUAAGGCUGGUCUUAAUUUCUAUACUCAAUGGAAAACUGUAACACAAUUUUGGAGAUCAGAAGAUGCUACUCCUGAAGCUAAACCACAAUUAGCUUUCCCUCAAUUAAAAUAG